CCACCUACAUAUACCCGCCCUCUCCUUCACGCUUCCCACUCCUCCGCCGUCACAAGAACCUCCCCGGCGCGCCCAGCCCAAUCCCCGCCCCCAUUGCUCCUCCUCGGCCGGAGGAGCGACAUGAAGCGGCGCACGGUGAUCGCCGCGGCCAUCGUGGCCCUGCUCCUGGCGGCCUGCACCGCGGCGGCGGCGGCGGCCGCGCUGACCAUCUCCCGGAAGAACCAGCACCGGCCGGCGUCGGAGUCCUCCGGCGGCGCGUGCGACAUGUUCGCCGGGGCCUGGGUGGCGGACGACUCGUACCCGCUCUACGACUCGGCCAGCUGCCCCUUCGUCCGCGGCGAGUUCGACUGCGCCCGGUUCGGCCGCCCCGAUAAGCAGUACCUCAAGUACCGCUGGCUGCCCAGCCCGCCCUGCUCCCCGCCCAGGUUCGACGGGCUGGCGCUGCUGCGGAUGUGGGGCGGCAAGAAGGUGAUGUUCGUGGGCGACUCGCUGGCGCUGAACCAGUACGAGUCGCUGCUGUGCAUGAUCUACGCCGCGGCGCCCAAUGCCCGGGCCACCGUCUCGCCGCGCUCCGGCAGGAUCGACCCGGCGACCACCGUCACGUUCGAUGAGUACAAUGUGACGCUGGUGUACUACCUGUCGCACUACCUGGUGGACAUCGUGAGCGAGAAGGCCGGCCGCGUACUCAAGCUCGACAAGAUCGACGAAGGCCGCAACUGGCUCGGCGCCGACGUGCUCGUCUUCGACUCCUGGCACUGGUGGCCGCGCUCCGGCAAGGACCAACCCUGGGACUAUAUCCAGGAGGGCAGCCAAGUGGCCAAGGACAUGGACCGGACGGUGGCCUUCACCAAGGCGCUCAACACCUGGGCCGGAUGGGUGGACGCCAACCUCGUCCAGACCAGCGCCAAGGUCUUCUUCCAGGGCAUCUCCCCCUCUCACUACAGGGGGCAGGAAUGGGGCUCGUCGCCGAGGAGGUCGUGCGCGGGGGAGACGGAGCCGCUGAACAGCACGGGGCCGUACCCCGCCGGGCCGAUCCCGCAGCAGGCGGUCAUCAGGAGCGCCCUUGCCCGCAUGGCCAAGCCGGUGUACCUGCUGGACUUCACCUUCCUGUCGCAGCUGAGGAAGGACGCGCACCCGGGCAAGUACGGCGGCAUGUUCGGCCAGGACUGCACCCACUGGUGCAUCGCCGGCCUGACCGACACCUGGAACAUCCUCUUCUACGCCGCGCUCACCGGCCAAGAUGGCUGAAUUCAGUCGGAUGUUUGUAGAAUAUAUAUAGGUCAAUAAUCAAGCGAUAUUUGAAGAUAGCACAUUGGUUUAUAGGGCUGGGAGGAUACUUUCUUUUUACUGCAAAACAAAGAGAUAGAGGGUUAUCACAGUCAAAACAAAAAUAGAUAUAGCAUGGUAUCAGUAUUCAAGGUGGGUAUGAUUGCUCCCUCAAAAAAGGAGGGUAUGAUUGCUAAGUGAUUUGUACUUAUAAAAAUGUAGAUUGCUUUGACAAAUCCCAUAUUUGCAGAAUUUUCGGGACAAGGGA